AUGAAAUCCUCAAACAUCAUAGCCGCGUUACUGCCACUUAUGUGCGCUAGUGCAUCAAAUGCCUACCUAGUUCAAAAAGUACUCGAUUUCAAUGGUGUACACAAACGGCCUCAUGCCGUCACUGUGGGUACCCUCAACCUCGAGAAAAGAGACACAGCCCCAGCAUUUCAAUCGCUGCAAGACGAGUGGUCAGCAGAAGUUACGAGCCAAGAUGCAGCAAGAUUCGAAAAGUCAUCCGUCAUUGCAGAGCUUUGCAAAAAAGGUGACCACAAUAUCGAGACGGCGAACCAAUUAUUUGAACUACAACGCGAGUGCAAAACAGUAAUGGGCACAAUACACAUCAAUGAUUUCGUGGACCCCGUUAUAGACCUUGGUGCUUUACAAAGUAUUAUUGGUGAUUUCGUUAUUGAAAACUUGCCAGAGGUUGUUAGGAUCCAAGGCCAGAACUUGGUGAGUGUCGGGGGCACGCUCAAAAUCAACGGGCUCACUUCUUUAACUAGCAUUCACCUCCCUGCGCUUCAUCAUUUUAACGCUCUUGAGUGCACGGUUGCACCAACUUUGACAUCUUUAACAUUGGCACCCAAUAUUAGCCAUGCUAAAAGGGUUACAAUUUCCGACACGUCUUUAGUCGAAAUUAAUAUGCUCGAAAACAGUGAGGAUCUUGAGUUAUUAAACAUUAAUAACAACAGAUAUAUGGAGCACCUGAGAGCUAGUGUUAAAAGGGUUCAUGAACAGUUGAGUAUCUCGUCUAACUCAAGGGAGUUGCAGGUUGAUUUUCCUGAUCUCCAGUGGGCAAAUAAUGUCACUGUGAGAGACGUAUUGGCUGCAAGUUUCCCCAGAUUGACAAGCGUUAACCAUUCCUUGGAAAUGAUCGAAAAUGACUUUGAUUCCUUCGAGGUGCCCCUGUUGGAAUCAGUGGGUGGAACAUUGGGUGUUAUCUUGAACUCCAAACUAAAUCAUGUUGAUUUCGGAAACGUCAGCGUAAUCCAUGGUGGAUUGAUGAUAGCCAACAAUAGUAACAUUGCCAAAAUAAACUUUUUACCAGAAUUAAAGGAAAUUGGAGGAGCAAUCCACUUCAUCGGUAAUUUCCAGGAGACUGAGUUCCCUAAAUUAAGACUAGUUAGAGGGAGCGCUCUGCUUCAGAGCACAUCAAGCACUUUCGAUUGCGCGAAGUGGACAACACCAAGCGGAGGAAACUCUAUAAUAAGAGGUGGCAGAAUCGCGUGCACGGCUGGCCAAAGGCGUAAGACUGCCCGCGUCAACCAAGAUGGUAAACUCUUAGAACACCAAGAGACGCAAUUUGACUCCCCGGCAGAGACCCAAAAGGAGACAAACCUUGGAUCUUCUAUAAUAGACAAAACAAGCCUAUCCGCCUUUGCCUGGUCUCUUUCUUUUGGAUGGAUCGCAGCUCUUAUUUGUUUGGUUGCAACCUACUGA